GGGUAAAAAGGGCAUGCUGUUGUAAUUUACGAACAGCAUUUUUAAUUGUACUCAUAAUUAUAUUACUUCAAGCAGUAUGGAUGGCCGUUUUAGCUUUUGCAGGAAUACAUAGGGAUAUUGUAUACCCAUUCGAUAAUUGGGAAACAAGGAUUCCAGCAUUCCUACCAAUGGGUCUCUAUGGAUUACAAAUUAUGUUUGCACUUUUUCUAUUAAUUCUAACAAUUGUACUUUUAACGUCAUUUAAAAAAUGUACGGAAGGCAAAUGCUUAAAUUGGUUUAAAACUACACUAGGAGUUUAUGUGGUUGUAGCAUUUAUUGAAAUGUUGGUACGAUUUAUUAGAGGCGUAGCUUUGGAAGAUUAUCAAAGAUGUGUGGAGGUUUUUUUAACUGGAUUUUUUCAAACAACAUUUAAUGGGUUUUUUUGGAUUAUAACUAAUAAUAUAUGUAAUGGACCCAGAGAAUUGACGGUAUCCGGUCAGACGGUGUCAUUGUCUUAA